CGCCCCUGUCCCACCCCUGACCACGCCCCCCCACCUCCCGAAAUUGGAGGUCUCAAGGUUGGCAAGUAUGACAUAGCAUGUUUGUGCAAUGAAAGAAAGCCAAAGUACAGUUGUAGCUCAAUUUGCAUGCAGUGAACGUUGCAGCCACUAGAGAGCGGCAAACACUUGUUUAUGCAAGUGCCAAUCCAACACUAAAAAGUGGCUCAACAUAAAAUAUCUAAUAUAAUAUAUAUAUUUAUAUAUAUAUUAUAAACAUAAAUAUAUUUAUAAUAUAUUUAUGUUUUCAUGACAAGUAAGAAUUUAAAUUAUAAAUGAAGCUGUUUUAUUAUCUACCUGUCAUGCAUGUGCUUUAUUUCUCAUAUAAACUGUGGUAGAGGUGUUCCAAUUAAUGUAACCGUCUAUUCAUGCAUUUAACAAUUUGGGGGAACGGUUAGAAGAAAUCCAAGUGGUUAACCUCGCAGUUGUAUUUGGCCAUCACUGUGAUCAUAACACAGAAGUACACAGUGCCAACAAUGAAAUAGAUCCAGAAGAAUGCCUUGUCUAGUCUAUCGGCGUAUAUCUGGUUUUUGUCACUCUCCGCCUCCUUGGCCUUAAUGUCCUCCAGGAAGUCCACCACUUUCCUAAGCAUCGGAUUGUCCUCUGAGUUGUUCACCUGGAUGAAGCUGACGUCUGCCAAAAUAUGUUUUUAUUGCUCAAAAGGUUCUGUGUUGUGAUAAUCACUAUCUAUAACAACACCACUUACCCUGAUCAGCUUUCUGUUGAGUGCUUCCAGACUUUGUUCCUCGAGGAAAACAACAGAGGAUGAUGCCGCCAUCCUUGGCCACGCGCGUGAACACCAUGGACGCAAGCAUGCUCACCACCAGCAUAAUCAGGCACACGCAGAAGUGGUAUUCUGCAGCAGAACCGACACGGCAGCUGGUCGUUGAGGAUGAUGAGGAACAUGGUGAAGCUGAGCGCCAGGGUGACUUUGAAGGAGUUGCGCUCGCCGCCUCCCAGUGGCAGGGCAAAGCUAACCAUGUCGGCCAAAAUCAGCAGAAUGCUCGGAAGGAGGAGGGUAAUGAAGGGGUUUUGUUCUCGGAUUCUCAGCACCACCUGGAACAUGGAGGCGUGCAUCCCAUGUGUGAAAGGCGUCCUAACCUCUGUCAGGGCGCCAGCAUGAGCAGCGACAGGCCGGAUGAGGUCAGCGUCGACACUUUCUCCACCACCGUCCACACGGUGGGCGUGGACCAUGGCGGCGUGGACCAUGGCAGCGUGGACCAUGGCGGCGUGGACCACGGCGGCGUGGACCACGGCGGCGGACGCCUGCGCUUCAUGCACAAGGACGGCCGGUUCCCGGUGGUCUUCCAGAAGGUGCCCAGGGACUGGAGCCCGUACUUGACGGACAUCUUCACCACUCUGGUGGAGAUCCGCUGGAGGGUGAUGCUCCUGGUCUUCUCGCUGUCCUACAUCGUCUCCUGGCUCUUUUUCGGCCUGUGCUACUGGCUGAUCGCGUGGAUACACGGCGACGACCAGGCGGCCGGCGACCCCUGCGUGGUGAACGUCUACGAUUUCACCUCGGCGUUCCUUUUCUCCAUGGAGACCCAGGCGACCAUCGGUUACGGUUCCAGGGGCAUGACGGAGACCUGCGUGGGGGCGGUCGUCGUGGUGACGGCUCAGGACGUCUUCAGCUGCCUGCUGGACACGGCCGUCAUCGGCAUCGUCAUCGCCAAAAUGGCGUCGGCUCGAAAGAGGGCUCUGACCGUCGGCUUCAGCAGGUUGGCGGUGGUCAACAUGCGGGACGGCGUGCUGUGCCUGUCCUGGCGCAUCGGGGACUUCAGGGGUAAUCACAUCUUGGAAGGUGUCGCCCGGGCUCAGCUGGUGCGAUACUCCAAACAAUCUCAAGGACCCGUGGUGAUAUCAUAUCAGGACCUGGACAUCCAUAACCGUGAUUUGGUCCUCGCCACGCCCGCCACGGUUUUGCACAAGCUCCACCCAGGCAGCCCGCUUUACACCCUGACCCCUGAUGACCUCUCAGGGGAGGACUUUGAGCUGGUGGUGUCCUUCACCUACACGGGCGACUCCACGGGCAUGCUCCAUCAAACGCGGACCUCCUACACGCCGGCGGACAUUCACUGGGGACAACGUUUCCAGGACAUGCUGAAAGUGGGGAGUAAGCACUACAAGGUGGACUACGCCCUAUUUAACGAGACCACCUGGGUGACGACCCCCUUGCUCAGCGCGGCGCAGUACGACAGGGGGAGGAGUCAGCCGGGCCUCUCGCCCGCCAAGCUGGUCAAGAGAGAGCGGCGCUGUACAGAGGAGGUGAUGCAGCAAACACAUUUAUAGUUAAUACGUGAAUGUAAAUAUAUUUAUAUAUUGUUAUGCUCGGAAUUGUCGAAAUUGAAUUGUACAA